AUGGCUCCUCAACUUUCGUGGAUCGGCCUCGGCAAUAUGGGUCGGGGCAUGUGUCUGAAUCUCAUUCAAAAGGGUUCACUUGAUAAGCCUCUUCUCGUCUACAACCGUACAAAGAAGCGAUAUGAAGAUUUCGUUGCCCAAUUUGGGCCAGGAAAAGCGACAGUGUCGGACUCGCUGGAAGGAAGUGUCAGCUCCGCCGACAUCAUCUUCACUUGCCUGAGCAACGAUGCUGCCGUGUUCGAAACAUAUGAAUCGAUUGUCAAUGGCGGCAACACCAAGGGCAAGCUCUUUGUCGACUGCUCAACCCUGCAUCCAGACUCGACCGACAAGGUUGGGAAGAUGAUGGUGGAUUCUGGGGCUGAGUUCGUCAGCAGUCCGGUCUUCGGGCCACCUCAAAUGGCCGAGAAGGGCACGCUCAUCUUCGUCACGGCGGGCCCAAGGUCUUCAAUUGAGAGAGUCCGCCCAUUCAUCAAGGGCAUCAUGGGACAGGCAGAGAUCGCCUUUGAGGACAAGCCGUACAGCAGCGCUGCCAAGUUCAAGCUCAUCGGCAAUGGGUUCGCGCUCAACAUGGUCACGCAGCUUGCCGAGUCGUUCACUCUGGCCGAGAAGGCUGGCGUCGAUCCCGCAACUGUCAAACAACUGGUCGAUAUGAUGUAUGGGGGGAUAUACACGGUGUAUUCAGGCCGCAUGCUGGGCGGAGAUUACUGGAAACUGGACGAACCGUAUUUCUCGGCCCAGAAUGGCCUCAAGGACGCCAGUCACCUCAUCUGUCUCUCUCACGCUGCCGGUGUAGAGCUGAAGAAUGCGGCGACCGGUCGGGAAUAUCUGGAGAAGCUGGCGAAAAUCGCCGAACCGGACAAGAGCGACAUCACUGGGAUCUACGGGACCGUCCGCAAGGCAAAUGGGUUGAAGUAUGAGAAUGGUUCUUAG